CGCUGCGCUGCCUGAGCCAGCGCCGUUUCCAGUUGAGAGAUGGCGGCCGCCGCAGGUAGAUCGCUCCUGCUGCUGCUCUGCUCCCGUGGCGGCGGCGGCGGGGGCGCCGGCGGCUGCGGAGCGCUGACUGCCGGCUGCUUUCCCGGGCUGGGCGUCAGCCGCCACCGGCAGCACCAGCAGCACCGGACGGCACACCCGAGGCCGGCUCCCUGGCAGAGUGUGGGAGCUGCAUAUUGCAGUGCGGCUGUGCCCUCCGAUGACGUGACUGUGGUUUAUCAGAAUGGGUUACCUGUGAUAUCUGUGAGGCUGCCGUCUCGGCGUGAACGCUGCCAGUUCACACUCAAACCUAUCUCUGACUCUGUUGGUGUGUUUUUACGACAACUGCAAGAGGAGGAUCGGGGAAUCGACAGAGUUGCAAUCUAUUCACCAGAUGGUGUUCGAGUUGCUGCCUCCACAGGAAUCGACCUCCUCCUCCUUGAUGACUUUAAGCUGGUCAUUAAUGACUUAACGUACCACGUACGGCCACCAAAGAGAGACCUCCUAAGCCAUGAAAAUGCAGCAACCCUGAACGACGUGAAGACGCUGGUCCAGCAGCUCUACAGCACGCUGUGCAUUGAGCAGCAUCAGCUUAAUAAGGAGCGGGAGCUGGUGGAGAGGCUAGAGGACCUCAAGCAGCAGCUGGCCCCCCUCGAGAAGGUACGAAUUGAAAUUAGCAGGAAAGCUGAGAAGAGGACCACUUUGGUGCUAUGGGGUGGCCUUGCCUACAUGGCCACACAGUUUGGCAUUUUGGCCCGGCUUACCUGGUGGGAAUACUCUUGGGACAUCAUGGAACCAGUCACCUAUUUCAUUACAUAUGGAAGUGCCAUGGCCAUGUAUGCAUAUUUUGUAAUGACACGCCAGGAAUAUGUUUAUCCAGAAGCCAGAGACAGACAAUACUUAUUAUUUUUCCAUAAAGGAGCCAAAAAGUCACGUUUCGAUCUAGAGAAAUACAAUCAACUCAAGGAUGCAAUUGCUCAGGCAGAAAUGGACCUUAAGAGACUGAGAGACCCAUUACAAGUACAUCUGCCCCUCCGACAAAUUGGAGAAAAGGAAUGAUCCAAGAUGAUCGUGAAUCCCGGCAGAGAGAGCACCUGUUUGUAACUCACGCCUUUUUAAUUAAAGCAUUACAGGUGGAAGCUGGGGCCACGUGGGGUAGAGGGAUUUUACCUUUAAUUCUAAAACAAAACACAGAAAGGAUCUUAGGGAAAAAAGGGAUAUCAAAUUCUGAGGAUCAGGCAUCGUGGAACACAAGUGCAAAGGGCUUAGUGAAUCUUGUCUUAUGCAUCUUCGUUUCCAAAUGAGAAUGAUGCAGUCACAGCCAAGAGCGAAGCAAAGGUGAUGCUGGGGUGUUCAUUUCUUGCAUCUUUGCAGGGUCUGCAAAACACUAAUACACCAGCACCCCAUUCAGCUCUAGGCUCAUUUUUUAUUUGUUUGUUUUUAAUUUAAAGUUUCUUAUUUUUGACAUAGGAAUAAAUAGCUAUAUAAGAAAAGGAAAUCUUAUGAUACCUGGUUGGCAGAGUCUAAUCCAGUGCAGUCAGCCUUCGUUUUAAACUGGCCCCAGCUCUGCAAAGUUAGGAGAAUCUCUCCAUCCUGCAUCCCUUUUCUCACCACCUACCUACUUACGUAUACCUGUUGGUUACACUACUUUUAUCCAAAUAAUUAUUGGAAUCAAUUUACAGUUGUUUGAUGAUUGAUACUUGGGUGAUUGACACUUCUCGUUAUCUUGUAAUGAGUUCUCAUGUCUAUCUCCCAGGGCUCUGAAUCAGUAUCUAGAAAUCACUGGCAAUACUGCAUGACAUUUUUGUUGAAUUUUGGUUAUUAUUAUUUUUUUUUUACUAAUUAGUCUUCAGAGGAGGAAAAGAUUCCCUCUUUUAUAUGCUGAUCCCAUUAAAAAUCCCCAUGUCCUUCACACCACAGAUCAGAGGGCCAGUGUUCAUCCAUGAUACCAAACAAAGGAGGAUGCAGCGAGGUUUACAAAUUGGCUAAAAGUCAUGGCUCUGUAGCUGUUUCAGAACCAGGAUACUCUUCAGUGAUCCAAGACACACGCUUCCUCAUUGUGCGCCCUCCCAACUCUACCACGCCAGUUGCUGUAAAUCAAGGGUGCAUCUCAAAGGGUGCAGUUAUCUUUUUACAGGAAUACCUUUCUAUGGCUUCCUUUAGACCACCUUCUGCACCAUGUUUCUUUUUAUCUUAAUUACUCUUAUACUCUAUCAGAAUGUUUUCUACCACAUUUCCAGAUGGCACCUACACUCAAAAAUCAUAGGAACCUCUGUCUACUGUCCUGUUUUUAACUGUUCUGGGGGCAGGAUGGCAAGAAUGAUGGGAGCUUGCCACACAGCUGAUUGGCUUUUUUUCCUUCAUAUGAUUCAUCCCUCCUCAUGGGGCAAGGGGUUUCUUUUUCCUCCUCCUCUUGGGAUCAUUGUGUAUGAAAGACACACCCAGAUCAUUGUGGAUGAAAGGACAAACCCAGACUCCAGGUGCCUUGCAGAGAUCGAAGGCAGCCGAGACUGCCGCUUCCGCCGCCACCCUUAACUGGCAUGACAGAUGAAAGGAUGCAUGUCCCCAGCCCGCCUCCUCCUUCCUUCCUGUUGUUCAACCUCUCCCUCGUUUCUUUUCGUUGUGUAGAUUAUUUUUAAACCAUUUAUCUUGUUUGUGUGCAGGAUUCUUAGGAAGGAAUGGCACAGUGCAAUGAGCAAAUCCUCUGGGUGGUGUGGGUGGCAAGGGGGGGGCCCGAGCAAAAUGCAGAACACGUGUACAAUCCUGUAUCAUUUAUGAAAUAUGUAUAAAAAGCAAUGUACCUUCUGGAACAAUAAAUACUUAUUCGAUUUUUGAA